AUGGCUGAUGAAGAACUUGCAAGUUACCGGCUUCAGUUUCAGCAGGUUGAAGCUGCUCUUCUUGGUGAUCCAGACAACGAAGAAUUAAAGAAGCUGAAAGCAGAUCUCGAAGAAGUUAUAGCACUUCAGGUGGGUGAUCGUGUCAUGGCGCCACUGCCCAACGGAAACCGUGGUGUAGCAGUUGUGGAUUCAUUAACUGCUGCAGGAGUUGCAGUUUUGUUCAUUAGCAGCGGUCAGAAAACAAUCGUCGAUCCAUCCGAUCUCAGCGACGCUCCUGAUGCUGGUAAAAAGCACUACGUAUUCGACACGCGCAGUGCUAUUUCGAAGACCGCAGCGAAUAAAAAGGAAUGGCUUGCUGAACGUGAACGACGUCGUUUGCGAGCUCAGAAAAAGGAGAUGAAGAGAAAAGAACUCGAUCUAGCAAAGGAAUCCGAAAAGAACAAUUGGCUCAAGUUUAAUAGCAAGGCGGUUUCCAAAGGAAUAAAGGGCAUGAAACGAAUAACUGCGACUGGUUCCGCUCAAGAUGGCCCUGCUGGAGGAGUGAAAGCUCAGACAAUCGUUUCAUCGAGAGCCAACCAGUUUGCGUUCAAAUCGGCACGAGGCGCUAUGGAUUCCCUGUUUUGA